AUGGCACCACUCCCUCCAGCCAUCAAGAAGAUGAAAAGAUUCGAGAAGGAUAAGAAGAUAGAGAAGUCGAAGGAUAUGGUCGAGAAAGCGAUUACUGAUGGUCGCUUGGCUUUCGAGGAGAAGAAAAUGAAAAUUGAUACUGAUCAAUAUUCGCUGCACAAGCAGGAUAUGUGGAACCUCUCUCUAUGGGGAUCAAUGAUCCAUAAAACGAAAUCCACCGUAAAUAAUGGGACGUUCCCAGAUUCUUCCAUCAAGCUUCAUGAUCAUGAGGUUCGACAAUUAGCUUCAUUCAUGAAUUCAAAGUUUGGUAGUGGUGUUCGUUUCUUGGAUCGGAUCCAAACUGGCAUCACACUGUCGGAUGCUGUGGGAUAUAAAGGUUGUAGAGAACUUGAGGGAACAUAUGCUGAGUUUCUUGAGAGUUUUUAUGGGAAGCCUUUUUUGCUUUCAGGGCCUGUACUACCAGAGCCACCUACCUCCACUUUGGAAGAAAAAUGGGCUCAAUUGCUUUCAGGAUUCAAGCCUGGUUCAGUCAUAUACUGUGCGUUUGGAAGUGAAUGGAGGUUAAUCCAGAAUCAGUUCAAGGAACUGUUGCUGGGUCUUGAGUUAACAGGUUUUCCAUUUCUAGCAGCACUUAAAGCACCUAUUGGAUUUGAUUCUGUAGAAGAAGCUAUGCCAGAAGGGUUCAAAGAGAGGGCUCAUGGAAGAGGCAUUGUACAUGAGGGUUGGUUUCAACAGACAUUAAUUCUUGAUCACCCCUCUAUAGGGUGCUUCAUGACCCAUUGUGGAGCCUCAUCUUUAGUAGAAGCACUUGUGAGCAAGUGUCAGAUUGUGAUGUUAUCAAAUAUUCUUGAUCAGAUCUUUAAUGCAAGGUUGAUAAGCAGCAGCUUUAAGGCUGGUGUUGAAGUGGAGAAAGGUGAAGAAGAUGGUUUGUUUACAAAGGAGAGUGUCUGCAAAGCUGUGAAGGCCGUGAUGGAUGAUGAGAGUGAGAUUGGAAGGGAGGCUAGAAAAAAUCAUUUAAAAUUGAGAAACAUCUUAAUCAGCAAGGAUUUGGAGAACACUUACAUUGAUAGUUUUUGUCACAAGCUCCAAGAAUUACUUGGGUGA